ACACAGAGACGGCUUUACGACGUGAUGCUGAGCAGUUGGGGGGUAAAUGACUUCAGCUCGGCGCUGCUGCGGGAUCUCAAAGCAUGAAGUGGCUGCGGACGGAGCGCAACACGCAGCUUUUACGCACAGCUUUUACGCGCGGUCCGUGGAUGCUCAGCAAGCUGCACACUCUUCAGAGAAGACUGUUUGGAUAAAAUGUAGACAAAUCAUGUAUUUUAGAGUGAAAAAUUAAGUCUGUGAUCUAUUUAAGUGGAUUUUUUUUUUAUAAAACAAAAAUUAAUGACUGGGAAUCGUUUUCAAGACUUGUCUUUUUGAUGAACAUAGAAAACAAUCAGGACUGCUGGCAUGGAGUUGACGUCGGAAGGGCUUUACGCGGGGAACCCACGGGCUCUGCUGGUCGCCUGCGUGGCCGUGCUGUUCUCCCUGCAGCUGUGGCUGUGGGUCCGGCACCGGUCCAUCCCACGCGUGCCCGGGCCCUGGGCCUGGCCGCUCAUCGGGAACGCGGCGCAGCUCGGCAGCGCGCCGCACUUGUUCUUUACGCGCAUGACGCGCAAGUACGGGAACGUGUUCCAGAUCCAGCUGGGCUCCCGCGUGGUGCUGGUGCUGAACGGGGACUCCAUCAAGCAGGCGCUGGUCAAGCAAGGGCUGCAGUUCGCCGGCAGGCCGGACUUCACCUCGUUCCGCUACAUCUCCAGCGGGGACAGCCUCGCCUUCAACACCGUGUCGGACUGGUGGAGGACGCACAGGAAAGUGGCGCACUCCACGGUGCGCAUGUUCUCCACCGGACAAACCAAAGGAACCUUCGAGCAGCACAUUCUGUCUGAGUUCAAAGAACUGCUGCGGCUUUUUGUGACCAAAACCAAAGAGGAGGAGUACUUCCAGCCCAUGACCUACCUGGUGGUGUCCACGGCCAACAUCAUGAGCGCAGUCUGCUUCGGGAAGAGGUACGACUACGAGGACGAGGAGUUCCGGGGGGUGGUGGGCAGGAACGACCAGUUCACGCAGACCGUGGGCGCCGGCAGCAUCGUGGACGUGAUGCCCUGGCUGCAGUACUUCCCCAACCCCAUCAAAACCAUCUUUGACAACUUCAAGGAGCUCAAUCGGGAGUUUGGGAUGUUCAUCCGGGACAAGGUGGUCGAGCACCGCAAAAGCAUCCAGUCCGGCGCCAUCAGGGACAUGACGGACGCGUUUAUUGUGGCGCUGGACCAGAUCAGAGACAAGACUGUCGUCCCAGAGAAGGACUACGUGACUGCUACACUUGGGGAUAUAUUUGGAGCAAGUCAAGACACCCUGUCGACCGCCCUGCAGUGGAUAAUCCUCAUUCUUGUCAAGCAUCCUGAGAUUCAGCGGCGGCUCCAGCAGGAGGUGGACCGGGUCGUGGGCCGCGGCCGCCUGCCCCGCCUGGAGGACCAGACCCGGGUUCCGUACGUCAUGGCCUUCAUCUACGAGGUGCUGCGCUUCACCAGCUUCGUCCCGCUCACCAUCCCGCACUCCACCGUCAGCGACACCUCCAUCAACGGCUACACCAUACCAAAGAACACCGUGGUCUUCAUCAACCAGUGGUCCAUCAACCACGACCCGGCCGUGUGGUCCCGCCCGGAGACCUUUGACCCCGAGCGCUUCCUGCACCCGGACGGGGGCCUCAACAAGGACCUGGCCAGCAGCGUGCUCAUCUUCUCCCUGGGGAAGCGGCGCUGCAUCGGCGAGGAGCUCUCCAAGCUGCAGCUGUUCCUGUUCACGGCUCUGCUGGCGCACCAGUGCGACAUCACCGCGCCGCCGGGGAGGACGCCCACGCUGGACUACAACUACGGCCUGACUCUAAAACCCCACGCCUUCUCCAUAGCCGUGUCUCUGCGUGAAAACAUGACGCUGCUGGACGCGGCCGUCGCUCAGGAACUCUCCGAGGAGACGGACAGGAACUCACCUGACUCCCAAACACAAGAAUAAAACAUAAACUAUAUAAAAAAGACAUACAAUGAAUGAAUGUAGCAACACAAGUGAGGGACUUUUAACUCAUGUUUGUGGCUGAAUAUACUCAUAACCUGAAAUCUCAGGCUAAAAACUCUGUUAUUCCUUAUUUGAACUGCAAUAUCAAAUAAGAACGUGAUGACAUCAAACACGGUCCGACAUACCAAACAGCAAUUAUCCACGUUUUGAUUCACCAGGCGUUGCAGGACUGCAGAGAACAGUCUAGAGAGCUGAAAAGCUGCUGUGUAAAGAAAUCACUGUGAUUUAUCCUGCAAUGGUUUUCUUUAAGUAAGUAAAUUAAAUUAUUUCUCAUGCACAAUGAAAAAAAGUGUGAUCCCACGCACUGGCAUUAUUAAGUUUUACUGUAUGUGCCAUGGUCAGACUCCUGACCGAUGAACAGGUGAAUAAGCUCUUGCAGUGCAUCAAGCUUCCCCUACUGACAAAACAAAUAUAAGCACUAACAUGGAUUUCCUUUUAAUAUAGUGCAGAUAUACUAGUUGAAUACUCAGGAAAAGGGCUUAGAGAGUAAAGUAAGUCUCUGUUUUAGCUCAGGUGCCUUUGAAAGCCUUAUAAUAUAUUCAGAAACCCUCUAUAGACGCUGCUUUAAAAGGACAAAUGAUCAUUAAUGGUGAUGUCUGUGAACUUGCAGAUAUAAACAGAUGCUAGAUCAGUGUUAUUUAACUGUUUAUAUGCUCCUCGAGCGUUUGGAAUAGUGUUGGAAUAGGAAACCCUUUGGCACGACACUAACUCUAAAUAUUUAUGCUCAAAAAAUGAGCCCGCAACUAUGUCACCUGAUAAGAUCAGGAGAGGAAGGCAGAAGCGAUGCUCCCAUUUCCAAGAAGAAUGAUAAAGUGCAGUCCUCCAACUCCGAAGCCACCGUCGAAGUGACAUGGAAGUGGGUGCGGGCCAUAGUUAUGCCGGUUCUUUAUUACACACAGAAAUGUGGCACAAAGACAAGAAGAAGAACAAAGAAUACAAUCAAUAUGAUGUUGGGCUGCAGGCUGAAUCCAAAAACCUUCAGCAACGGUACCUCAAACACUUCUGCUCCAAAAACGUUCAAAUUACAUUCCAUAUAACCGCAUCUGUGACUUACUAUCCUGACUUUGUCUCCUCCUCCUUUUGAAUGUCAUUCUGAACAAUACUGUACAUGUGCAUAAUAAACAGACGAUAUUCUUUGA